CAACCCCAUAACGUGUCAUAUCAUAACCUCACUUAUCAAAGCGUAAACAUGGAAAUGUGUUUUUCUCUAAAAAUACUUUAAAUUUCGUGAAUUCCUAGGAUAUUUUCGCAGAAUGUCCUUCAGACGACCGCGUGUGAAGGCUUCAGCCAAUUUAGUGUUGAAACGCCCAAGCAAAAAUGAGAAAAGAACUGUGAAAAUAGAGGCUGAAGAAGUGCCCUCGAGUAGCAUCACAGAAGAGGCUCCAGAAGUCAUUGGGAAGAUCAAGAAUGAACCUGGAAUCAGUGAAAGCGUUGUUCCAAAGCAGGAGGAAAAAUCGCCGAAGACUAAAUUGCCCGCAAGAGCUCCAUCUCCAAUUCCUGACUCUGUACAGGAUAAAGCAGACGAAAGUAAGAAGGAUUGGGAGCAGGAGGAGGUGUUCAAGUCUCCGGAUCCCAUACCAACUCCAUCCAAGUCCGAGAUCUUAAGCGAUGUGGAUCGAGAAGUUCCCAGUGGAUGUCUUUCGCCGACAAAAGUCAGGCAACGAAUUAAGCCAACUCCUUUCUUUGGUACUUUUCGCCGGAAUAGUACGCAUGAGAGCGAGGACGAGGGUCGUCGUCAGAGGGGAUCUGUUCCUCCGGAGAGCCCACAAACGCCACAGACUCCACAAAUGUUCAAAGCAGGCAUUCCUGGCUUCAUGGGACAGAGAAUUCGCACGGAAUCCACGUGCUCCACCAUAUCAGACGUGAGCCAGAUGAGAGACAGCCACAAACAGUUCCGAAGGAUAAAGGCAGAUGAGUCAUCGAAGACAAGUGAGCUGCGGAGGGAAUUGUCGCACCGGCUGGCCAGUGGAAAAUUCUCAGACAGAUCGCGGCUCACGAUGUACGACAUGAUUUACUACAAUCCCACCACGAAUCCCAUGAAGAGUCCUGCCAAGAAGGACAAGAGCAAGAGCACACCCGAGCGGAGAUCCAGCGUCUCGAGUGUCACGAGCGUGGCGUCGCACAAGAGCGAAAAGGGUGAAAAGUUGGACGAGGACGACCCUGAGAUUCCUCAACAGCCUCCGCUCGUGGCUGAAGAUGUGAAGGUUAAGGAUGAGUCUGCAAUGCCUGUGCCUCAACUCAAGCUGGGCCCCAAUGGCGAGAUGAUUCUGGAUGAGAAGAGUCUGGUGAUUGAGACAACAGGCGAUCGGGAGGCGAGAGAAACGCUCGCGAACUCCAGCAUUGUCUAUGACGACGAGUACAGUUCCAACAAUGGAUUCUACAAAAGACAGCCGAGAACCAAGGACUGGUCAGACAAUGAGACCAUCAUUUUCUACAAGUGUCUGCACACCGUCGGGACGGACUUCUCUCUCAUGUGCACCCUCUUCACGAAUCGCACGAGGCGCGAUUUGAAGCUGAAGUUCAAGAAAGAGGAGAGACUCAACAUGCACUUGGUCAACAAAGCACUCAUGUAUCCCAAAGCAUUCGAUUUGGAUGAAUUGCGGGAGGAGCUGCAGAAGAACGCUGAGGAGCUGGCCAAGACAGCAGCGCUGGACAAGCAGGCAGCUAUAGAGGAUCUGAAGAAGGAACGCAAGACCCAGAGGAAAGCCAACAACAGCAGCAAGAAGAAGCCGAUGAGGAACAACAGUAGAGCCCUGAAGCAGCUCAGCGAUGCGGAUUUUGCCUAUAAAAUGGAAGAACUGUCGUCGGCGAAGAAAAGGCGCUCAUCACGGGGCGAAGCUGCUCAGAAGAAACUUCCCAGGCUGGAGAAUUGCUACGAAGCCGAGUCUCAGAGUGAGGUAAUCCUCACAGAAGCUCCCGUUGAGCAGGAGGAACCCGAAGAAGAGGCUAUUUUACCCAAUGACCACGAAUUUCUCGAGGACGCUUUAACUUAUGAAGACAAUGAAGAAGCAGAAGAACCUAUGGAUAAUACUCAGAGUUUGGACGGCUUCACUGACUUGCAAAAUCUUGAUCUCAACAAUCUCGUCAUCGUGGAGGAGGAUGUGGAUGGCACGACGCACUACAAGAUUCAUCUGAAGAAUCCCGAGACUCAUGCAGUCAGCGAAAAGCCGCUGGAUUUGCCACAAGAAGUCAUCAACUGCAUUGUUUCAGCUCAUUUGGGACAAGCAAAUUGAUUUGCAUACGACUCUCUGAGAUUAUUGAUUCUGUACUAUAAAAUAUUUCUAAGAAA